AGAAGGGACUCACUUGUCAGGAGAUAGUCGUAACGAGUGAACUUGACAAAUAAGCCAAAUGAGGGUAAUCUGAAGACGAAAGCAACAGUCAGUGAAUCCAUGUAUCUAUAAUUUGGGCCCAAGCGUAUUGGUGAUCCCCGCGAUCAGCUGUGGAACGGUGAGUUGUUGGCCUGGUCCAAGGCAAGGGAAUCGCAGGAGCGCUGAUCGUUGCGUCUAGCCCUUCGACAUCACUGCCCUCACUCUCCAGCGAUGUCCCCGUCGACGUCCCCGGCCCCGGCCAAGUCCCUAUGUCCAAGUCGCUUUCUUUUCAUCCUGCCUCUCGCACCGGCUCCAAUACGCUCCCCAUAGCCGCAUUUUCCCCUGCCGAGUGUCUUCGCCAAGGGACCAGGCACCAACCAGCCCAUCUUCUCCGAACCAAAUCCACACUCACAUUCAAGGCAAAUUAGGGGAAAUCUCGAUUAUCGGUCCCCUGUUGAUUUGUUGUUGGUUUUCAAAAUGAGUGGCUCGACGAGGAAACUCGUCUAUGGGUUGCAGGUACAAGGAGUCCGUCAGAGGCGGCGUCGAGAUCGGAGUCGGAUUCGUGUGCACGAGUUCAUGACAAGACGGGCAUCGGAAAACGGAAGAGAAGGAGGGACCAAGGCAAGGCGCGUCAACCUAUCGGGUGUCUUGUUGGUCCGAGUUGCUGGUCGCUGGUCGCGGGAGCACAAAUCAACUGGCGGCGGCGGCGAGGUUGAACGGCAGACGAGUCGUGGGGAGGAUUUGCAAAGGACGACGUCGCCGAAGGGGAGUGCCGGAAAACCAAGUUGCGAAUUUGGUCGACGGAGCAGAAGAAAAGGAUGAAAGGAGUGGAGGAAGAGAAAGGGUAAGUAGGUGAGAGUGAGAGGAAGAGUGAGUAAGGCGGACAAGGUUGAGCGCGAGGGU